GUUGGCUACAGUGCAAUUUUGCUGUUUAUAUUUACACAUUUUUAAAUCUGUCAAAUUCUACCAGAAAUUAAAUUUUGUAAUUAAUUUUUAACAAGCUUAAUUUUUUUAAUUUUAUGAUCGUUUUUAUAUUCUGAUUAGUAAAUGUAAGGAUGAAUCGCUCCGGUAAUGAAAGUGCGACAAUAUCCGCACUUAUUAAUAAACUAUGCAAUUUUUACUCCCGGGGCAGUCCAGAACUCUCUUCGAGAUUAUUCAAGACCUCAUCGCAAUUCCUGUCGUCCGUCAACACAAAUUUGUCGAUAGACGAGCAGCACGUCGUGCAUAACAUUAAGAAGAUGCUGGCCGUUUGCGACCCUUCCGCGGAGCACGAUUUCGAUCUUCUCUAUGCUAAGCUGCAGAAAAGUUCAGUGUUGCGAAACCGUGCCGCCAUAUUAUCGCUCUUGUAUAAUCUACAUAAACAAUCCAGUGUGUGUAACGAUUACAUUAAGUAUCCCGAAACAAGUCGAUCGAGUGAGCUUGAUUUCUUGCCGGAUGAUGCGAGCAACGGGGUGAAGAGGAUUUACUGCGCGCCGAGCGCAAACUUUUCCAGCUCGACGAAUACUAGCGGUACCCAGCUAGGUGGGGCGGCCGAAAUUCAAACGACCGGUAGCGAAUAUCAGUUUCAGAUCACACUUAAGGAGCGGAUGUCUUCCGCUGCUUCGUGCUCGACUGCUACCACGUACAACAACAUGAAAGAAAUGGAAUUAAUGCAAGAAGUAAUUUACUCACUGCAAGGCAUCGAAGGGCGAGUCUUAAAGAAGGAACCGGGAGGAUGCGGUUUCGUAAUCGACUCAAAAUCGAGCAAAUCCCUAAACAUAAUUCAAAUCUCCCUAAUCGAGAGGAUAGCGUGCGUCGGUUUCUUACACAACCAGCUGAAGCAGCACUGCGAAGAUGCCGAUAAGCAGAUAGGCGUUAUCGCCCAAUCGCUAAUUGCGACGUUCAGAGAGGAACUUUCCGAGUAUUACAAAACGUUGGCGAUCUUGCAGGCGCAGUUAAAAAAGACCGACACUGAGUUAACACUAAGGCGAAUCCUUGUGUGGAUAGCGGAACCGAACAAUCGAUUGCAGUGGCUCGUUUAUAUAGCCGAGCAGUGCUCUAAUAAGAAAGGGGGCGUGUUAAUUAGCGCAAUACACAGCUUUCUACAGCACGGAGCGAUGUCUGUGCAGAAGAUAUCCGCAAAAAUUUUACUGGCAGUCUGUCGGCCGCUAUACAUCAUGAUGUCGCACUGGUUACUGGACGGCGUGAUAAGCGAUCCUCACAAUGAGUUCUUCAUUGAAGCUAGAAAUAUAAGUAGCGCCGAACGGUUCUGGUACGAUAAGUAUAAUGUGAAAACCUCCAUGGUGCCAUCGUUUAUCAGCACAGAUCAAGCGAAAAAGAUUCUGGCGACUGGUAAAAAUAUUAACUUUCUAAGGCAAAUUUGCAAGGAUUCCAAUCAGCUUCCGGGAAGGGAGGCCAUACAGAAGCUGUUCUCGGCGACGUCGGCCGAUUCGCUUUUCAUUCCAGAUAAAAGUAUUGAUUUGCAUAUAAGUUUGGAGAACGUAUACAAGGAGACUUCGCAUCGGGUUCUAUGCAUGCUGAAAGACAAGUAUAGGCUUUUGGAACAUUUGCAAGCGUUACGGAGAUAUUUAUUGUUAGGACAAGGAGAUUUUAUUCGACAUCUAUUGGAGCUUCUUGCACCCGAACUGGGUAAACCCGCUCAACACCUAUACGUACACACAUUGUCAGCAAUCUUGGAAUCGGCAAUACGUGUUACAAAUGCACAAUACGAAGAUGAAGACAUAUUAAAAAGACUCGUCGUAGAAUUUUUGCAUUCGUCACAUGGCGACACCGGUUGGGACGUGUUCACUUUGGUCUACAUCGUCGACGGUCCUGUCGGGACUAUAUUCGAGCCGGCUAUGUCCGAGUACCGAAGCCUAUUCGGAUCCUUAUGGAAGGCGAAAAGAAUGGAAUACGUCCUUUCGAAUAUGCGCAAGCAGCAGAUCACUAGUGCCAAACAGUUCCGCAAGAUGAAGGUGUUACAGCCGAUCCUUCACCAAAUACACAUUUUGUCGAGUGCCAUGAUACACUUUUUACAUCAAACGCAAUACUACUUUCUCUUCGAGGUGCUCGAGUGCUCGUGGGCCGAAAUGAUGCGACAGGUCAACCAAGCGGAAUGCCUGGACGACGUCAUAAAUGCUCACACAACAUUUUUAAGCUCGGUACAGUGCGGUGUUCUCUUGGACUCCGGCUUGGAAGUAAACGAGAGGGGGUUUUCGGAAAUGUGCGCGCAAUUGCGAAUUAUAUACAACCUCAUCUUACACCUCGAGUCAACACAAGAAACUUUGUACAAGGUGGCGCUGGAGGAGCACAAAGUGCUCUGUGCCGUCGAGAGAGAACGCGAGAAAUUGCAACGAGCCGGCAAAUUCUCGCUGACACGCGAGCGAGAAAAGGAGGACAAACUUAGAAUUAGCAAAUUCCACAAUAGCCUAAACGUAAUUAAGCAUCAAAUUAAACAAAUAGCUUACAAGUAUAAGCAAUUUGUUCAAAAGUAUCUCAAUCUUUUGGCGGUCAGUUCCGAUCAAAACUUACAGUUAUUAAGUGUCCGAUUGAAUUUCAACGAUUAUUAUAAAAUCAUUUGACAGGAGGAGUUUGCCUUUACUAAUUUACAGGGCGAACAUAGCAAAUUAAAAACUAAACUCAAUGUAAAUAAUUACUCACAGCCGUACCUUAACGGCACAUCCGACCAUAUCAGCUCGUUAACAACGCCGCUAACACCUAACAACGAUUAUAGCUACGGCAGUGUAGACUCCCUGUUGCACACCAGAGACAAGCAGAAACGAAACAAAAACACCUGAUGCUGUAUCGGGUGAGAAAUGGUGCUGCCCGAGCUCGCCAUUUCUCACCCCUAGCAAACAUUCUUUUAAUCUAGUUUUAAAACGCUUCCGCGCCAAGUUAUUGUUUGGUAUCUACGAUGUAAGCCACAAAUAAACAGAUAUGUCUUAA